AUGUAUGAGUACAGGAUAUUAUUGUUUCAAAUAAAAAAUUACAAUGAUGAAAUGAAUAUUAAUUUGAAUACAGAUCAUACUUUAUCAACAUUGACAGAUUUGUCUCAACAACCAGAAGUCAUCAGUACAGAUGAUUUCCACCUUACAUUCCAGUCAAUCAUUGAUCGGGUUCAGAUCAAUGAUCAGGCCUAUUGUUCCGGAGGACGAAUUCAUCCGUUAUGGGCGUCAUGCUUAGAAGUAAAUCAUAUAGGAAAAAUUUCAUUACCAUUAACGGAUGAAGAUGCAGAAAUAUUAAUUAAACAAUGUAAGCCACUAAAAACAAAUGAAAAUACCUUGUAUAAUGGACUGCAAGGAAAAGGAAUUUUAAAAAAAGCUCUCCGUACUUUUGAAGCUGGUCUCUUGGCCGAUUUAAUGGUGUAUGAAUUAAAGGUAUAGCCUUUCAUCGAAAAAACUAAAUAGGCUUACAAAAUGAAUGAUCCUCCAUUUGACACCCGCCAGUUUCGAUAUCCAUGGCGGACGAGUGUUUACUUUUAAAAUGAAGUGAGGACCUUUUUCUAAAUCAGUUUUCAACGCUGAUUCCGGAAAAAAUAGUUUCAAUCUUCCAUCUUGUAAUAAAACCUCAAAAAAGAUCAAUUCUACGAUAAAGGUCGUUUUUUUCGAUUUUUUCGAUCCUUGCAGUAUUUCAGUUUUUUCUCCAUGAAAAAAGGGCUUUUAAAAGUUUUAAAGGUGAUAUUCGUGAUCAGCUCGACAAAAUAAAUCAGAAUAUGUAUGGUAAAUCGAAAAAUAAAAUCCACUUUUUUGCAUUAGUUGCACUUUAGUAAAAAGCCUAAGAGGUUUUAUUCAGAAAGCUCUUCCUUCGAAAAUUUGAUCCAUUUUUCUGGACAACCAGUUUUUCAGAAACUCUAAAAAGGACCCAAACCCUUCUUAAUGAGUCAUGAUUGUAGCCCAUACAUUUCUGAUUAAAAUGAGACAUUUCCCAGCUCUAUAUGACCUUUCUUUGCAAAGUUAGAGAAUUUACACGAAAAGCUGUAAAUUAAUUUUUCUUUUAUUUGUAGCUUUGAGUUGACAAUGAGUAUUUAGAGCUCUUCUUGUAAAUUCUAUAACUUUGCAAAGAAAGGUCAUAUAGAGCUGGGAGAUGUCUCAUUUUAAUCAGAAAUGUGCGUGCGGGCUAUAAUCAUGGCUCACUAAGAAAGGUUUUGAUUAUUGUUUUAGAGUUUCUGAAAAACCGAUCUUUGAAAUUUUUUCCAAAUUCACUUUUGGCUACCCCCCCGGGGGGGGGGGGGGGGGGGGGGGGGGGGGGGGGGGGGGGGGGGGGGGGGGGGGGGGGGGGGGGGGGGGGGGGGGGGGGGGGGGGGGGGGGGGGGG